AUGUCGGCUUCGGAUAACGCAACCGUCCGACUAACGGCAACGGAGAACAAUGUACGUUUGAUGCCCAAAGAAAGCUGGUCGCGGUUAGCACCAACAGAUACGUCAUUGCGUCUAAAAAGCAGCCUCAAGAAGCCAAAACAAAGACCGAGUCAGCUAGAAGAGCCAAACUUCAGUCAUUCCAACGUGGGAUCCCGGACUAGCACUCAUUCCAAAUCUACUCCUCAAUCGCGUCUGUAUUGCCCCAAAAUCCUCUUAUUCACUAUUCUCUAUACAAUCAACUGUUUUUUCGUCCAAUCAGCUACCGUGUUUUUCAUUUCAAAAAUCAUAUCCGUAGAACAGCACUUUUCAUUGGAUGACAAUUUCUCCCAACGUAUCCUAAUCUGUUUCGAGAUUGGUUAUGUAUCUUCUGUGAUAUUGGUGACCCAUUUCCUUAAAAGGUAUCACAUUCCCAGAAUCCUUAUCGGAUCCUCCUUCCUGUACGGUGUCGCUAGUGUGAUCUUGUGUUUUGUGUAUUUUGGUCUGAACGAAUGGGACCGAGUGCCACAAAAAGUGAACCGAACGGCCCUGUUGGAUUCCUACCUAUGCAAAUCAACUAAUACAUCUGGCUUAAGUGUGUGCGUUCAGGAUUACGAAACGAACAGAAACUCUGUGCUGGAGUUGGGAAUCGAUAAAUGGUUCUUCAUGGCUCUAUUGUGUAUCAUAGGUGGAGCUUUAUCACCGCGGUUUCCUCUGUGUGCCACCUAUAUUGAUAACAAUAUUCCCAAAAGAAAAAAUACAGGAAUAUAUGUAGGUAUUUCUAUGAUCCCUAAUAUCGUCGGCCCACCACUGUCUUUUGUUUUUGGUGCUAUCUUUGCUGACAUUCCAUACGAGUAUCAAGGUACUGAAGAACCUCGUUGGUUGGGCGACUGGUGGAUUUGCUACUUGGUGCUUGGAGUCUUUUCUAUCUUCUUCUCCUUACCCUUGCUACACUUUCCAAAGAAUAUUGAUGGGAGUGGACCUGCUGGUGAUAUAGAGAUCCUGAUCACUCCUGCUGAGGAUGAACCAAAGCAAUGCUUCCUGAACGACUUGAAGGAUUUUCCACUGUCCAUCUUCCGAGUGUUCCGGAGUCCGAUCUUCAUCUUGGUGCUUAUCAGUGUUUGUAUUUCCUAUCUUGCUACUUGGGGCUCCACAUACUUCGCUCCUAAAUAUCUUCAGUACCAGUUCAGGUUAUCUCCCUUUGCUGCCAAUCUUGUGGAAGGUAUCACAAGAGCCAGUUCUAAGUGUGUAGGAAUCCUAAUAGGAGGCUAUAUUGUCUAUAAUUACAAGCUUCAUACUCGUGGUGCUUUACGUGUCGGUCUGGUGCUUUAUCCUGUUUCAGUUGCCUUAAAUCUUUUAACGACCCUUUUUGGUUGUCCCGAUCCGGAAAUCUACGGUCUUUCAAACAGUAAUGUUAAUGCAGAAGAGUUAAGUUGUUUUUGUUCCCCAUCCUCAUUCCAUCCGGUGUGUGCUGCAGACGGUAGAAAUUAUUACUCGCCUUGUUUGGCUGGUUGUAGGAACUUCACUACUACGGCGUUUACUCAAUGUUAUCCAUUUGUCGGUGGCACAGUUAACUCCGGGUUGUGUGGACCGGGAUGUGAAUACGUCUACCCAUACGUCGGAGCUCAAUAUCUCUCGGAUGUCUUCGCUUCCAUUAUGGUUCUUCCCUUAUAUAUUGUCAUUGUCAGGAACGUAGCAGAGAAAGAUAAAAGUAUGGCCUUAGCGAUUCUCGUCUUCUUUAUUUCACUCAUUAGUAUUCUAGCAGCACCAGUUGCCUUCAAAUACGUUAUAGAUACCACGUGCCUUAUAUGGACAGAAAUUUGCGGUGGAAGAAGGACUUGCUCCUUGUACGCACUCGUAGCACAGCGCGUUCGAUUAAAGGUGUUCGAGGGUGGACUCGGGGUGAUAGGAAUGUUGUUUAUAGUGUGGGCGUACCUAGUGUUCGAACGCCAAGAUGCCAGAUUGGUUUUCGAAAUGAAGGAGACGAAAAAGCUUCGCGGAAACUCAUUCCAAACAACUAAAAUACCAACGCGAUCCGAAUCUGUUCCGAGGAUCAUGCGCCGCUCCGGGUCGAAAUACAAAUCUCAUAGACGAACCGGAUCUGUUGGUCGCUGA